CUGGCGGAUUCGGCAUAAGCGAACUCAAACACGCCUUUUGCUGCCUUUUCUUUGCUAGCCAAGACCUCGAUUAGCAAGUCGACGGCCACGAAUUCGACCAGAGUAUAUCCACUCUCAGUAAUUGCCAUGGUAGCCUGGCAGAUAACCUCACAGCGCAACAAGGACAUACUUCAGUAUUGCUAUACAAUGCGACGCGAGUUGAGCAAACUUGAAGACGCUGCUCUCAAGUAUGACGAUGAGAUCGCAAGGAGAAAUGCCACCACUGUCACCAAGGCAGAGCCUGAGCCCGAGGAGUCCUUCAAAACCGUGAAGAUCGAGCCUGAGACCUCGCCCGCUCGCACAACUACGGUUCCUUCUUCCAAAAAUUGCGACUUCUGCGAUUUUACCCACAACAUCAAGCCUAGAAGUUACUGGCGCAAUGGUGCCUCGAACUCCGGCCAAGAAGAAGCAAAACAAAAGAACACAGGACAAUCCCGACGAGUCUCUAGCAAAGAGCAAGAAGCUUAGACUCACAAGCUAUGAGUUAGCAGAAGACAACGGACACUAUAUCAAUAGUACCACAUCUUCAAUCUUGCAUUCGACCGCAAACAAUAAGAAUCCCGGUAGACUUGGAGUGAAGUCCAAACCCCAGCCCUCAGUCGGAGAAGGCGAAGACUCCGAAGAAGAGACUUCGAAGAAGGCAAAGAGCUUGAAGAAGAUAAGAUCCUCGAAGACGAAGAAGAAAGCUCCUCAGAAGAUGGAGAAACCUGCGAGGAAGACAAAGGCGACUACACAGAUGAUGGGAGACAUUUUGAUGACAAAUCCUGGAGAACGAGAAUCGCUAAUAUACAAGGUUCAAAGGGAGCUCGACUUGUGGAACGAAAGCGACCCUGGAAAUGGUAUAAACUGAUUAUGAUACCACACAUUCCUGCCUAAGGGCACGCCGUUGCUAGAAUACCAUAUUUCCCCUUCGAUGGCCUAGAAGUUCGCUCGGGGCUGCACAGAUCUUGAGACUCUACCAUAACAGCUAGUUUAGCGUUUGUACAGGAAGAUUUUCUAAUGUUUUCAUUCUCCAUUACCCAAUAGCAAGCC